CAGAUCACGGCGUUGCCGCACUUCGGUUUUGACCGCCAGCGAAGCAACAUCACUUUGCGGUGCGUUUGGUACGCGGGUUCGACGGAGUUUCUCAGUUGCUUUUGAGCUUUAGUUUUGUUUUUUUCCGUUUGCCGUUUCGACUUUGUGUACGAUCGCGAUCUGGUUUUCUCCUUUGGAAAAAGGUUGGUUUUUGUGUCUGGCCAGUUGAAACGUCCCCCAAGUUAUUCAAGUGUUGUGAACCGAACCGGCAAGCCUACGCGAUCAUUUUCGAAAUUGAUCAGCUUUUGUUUUUGGUUUUGUUUUCGGUGAUCGUGUCGAUUGUGGAAGGCGAAAGUUUAACCUCCAGAAAGUUCGACGACAGCUAACCUAAAAAAAACAGUAAAAUAUAUAAAACUACUACUCUGCACGCGUCGUACGAACCUCCACGAUCCUACCAAAAAAAAACACGAUCGUCUGAACCAUCCAGUUUUGCUGAUACAGCAGCGUGAUGCCGCCACAGAACUCGAUCGAGUUGACCACCAAACCGGAAGCGGAAAAUGGUGCUACGGGAAAACUUUUGCCUGCAAACGGAAAUGGCGAUACGGCGAAGGGCAAGGAAGAUCCACCAACGACGACACUGAUCGUACCACCGGACGGUGGCUGGGGAUGGCUGGUGAUGGUUGCGUCCUUCUUCUGCAACGUGAUCGUGGACGGUAUCGUGAUGAAUGUCGGCAGCUUCCUAGGUCCAAUAAGGGACGAGUUUGGCGUCAGUGAGGCCGAAGUAGCUCUGGUUAGUUCGCUGUUGAGUGGAUUCUACCUACUGACUGGUCCGUUCGUAAGUGCGCUUGCUAAUCGUUGGGGCUUCCGAAUUGUGACCAUCAUCGGUUCGCUAGUGGCCGCUCUUGGAUUCUUCGCAUCGCAGUACGCAACAAACAUAAUAUUCCUGUACGUGACGUUCGGGUUUGUUGGGGGUGUAGGCUUUUGUUUCAUCUACGUACCAUCGGUCAUUACGGUGGGAUAUUACUUCGAAAAGUGGCGCGCAGUGGCUACGGGUAUUGCUCUCUGCGGUUCGGGCGUUGGUACAUUCAUCUUCUCGCCCGUAAAUGCAAUGUUGAUCGAGUCACUCGGUUGGCGCGGUGCGCUUGUCGCACAGGCGGCCAUUAUACUGCUGUGUAUCGCCUGUGGUGCUAUCUUCCGACCGAUCCAACCGACCGAGGUGACGGCCACCAAGAACGAUGACACACCGGCGGAUAAGGGCAUACUGUUGGGUGAGGGUUUACCGGUUGUGUACACCCGGCCUCUGCCCGAAGGUCGCUACGCUUACUCGAUGCCAAACAGUUCGCACAACACGUGGAUGGGAGCGAACCCGAACUACCAGUACCCCACCGCGGCCGAGAUUUUCCGUCAGGGCAGCGGACACAAUCUCGAUCGCCGUCCAUCGCACACCUCCGGCCAGCUGGUAAGUCACAAUCUGCAAAGCACCACCAAGAAGCUGGAGAAGAUCCAGAAGCGUCUCGCCGGACAGAUGACACCGGAUGAUACGAUCCAUGCGCACGGUUUCUCCACGGCCCACCACGAACUCAAUCCGGUCGGUGAGGCGGAUGAGGAAGAGACGGAAAAUGGAACGCUACUAGCGGCACCGGAACAGCAGGCAGCUACCAUUACGACGGCAUCUGGCCGUCGCCAUACCGUAUCGGGACGUCGACCCAACGAGCCGGCUAACUCACGGCAUGGUUCGCGCCGUACGCUCAACGACGGUGCUCGACCGAUGUAUCGUGAUGAUAUCUUUUUCACCGGCUCACUGGCAAGAAUUCCACAGUACAAGUCACAGACUUCGCUCGGGUAUCAUAUGUCUGUGACACGGUUGCCUACCCAGGCCGAUGUUGAAGAGACGGAAACCGAACAGUGCAUGGUAUGUCCGGAAGCGGUACGUCGUACGCUGGCUACUAUGUUGGACAUGUCGCUGCUGAAGUCACCCUCGUUCAUGAUGCUAGCCUUCAGUGGGUUCCUCACGAUGAUGGGCUUUUUCGUGCCAUUCCUGUAUGUGAAGCAACGGGCCGUGGCUGGUGGAAUGGCGGAUGAAGUGUCCACGUUUAUCGUGUCGGCUAUUGGCAUUUCCAACACAAUUGCUAGGGUGGUCUGUGGAUUGCUGACAUCCUUCAAGAACAUCAACGCCCUGCAUCUGAACAACGUUGCCAUCACGUUGGGAGGUAUCGCGACAAUGAUCAGUGGAAUCUAUAUUACCGAAGCUUAUCAGUUUACGUAUGCGGGUGUCUUUGGACUUGCCAUCGCCUGUUUCUCUGCACUCCGUUCGAUUCUGGUGGUUGAUCUAAUGGGGCUGGAAAAGCUUACAAAUGCUUUCGGAAUAUUGUGCCUGUUCCAGGGUAUUGCUGCGUUCCUUGGUGCACCGAUCGCUGGAUACUUCACGGAGCUGACCGGUAGCUAUGAUGCUUCGUUCUACAUUUCCGGCGCACUUAUUACACUGUCGGCCAUUCUUUGCUACCCGCUAGCCAUAGUGAAUCGAUGGGAAAAGCAACGUGCCGCUAAGAAGGACUCGCAGAAAGUUUAACCGGGGAAGUCGUGGAAUAAUUCAAUUAAUAUUCGAAUUUUUGCCUACAUGAAAGUGCGUCAGCAUUUUUUGUGCUGUGCUAAAGUGGACCAAGAAGCAUUUUAAAGUCCACAGAGAAAAGUAUCGCUUUUAUAUGUGGAAAGCAGCAAAGUGUUUUUUCCCCAGAUAAAUCAAUGCUGAUCUCCACCGGGAUCAUGCUUUAGCGGCGCCGGCACAUCAUUUGAUGUUUCACGACGGUGAAAAGUUUUGCUAAUAGGCCUACAAGGAAAUUAAUUCGGUGCUAUUUCAUCAACCUAGGCUCUCAUCUUAGUUAGUAUUUGACGCAUACAGAAGUCAUGGCUUUUCUACUACAAGGCAUUAAGAAAAUUAAGUACACGUACUAGGUAAUAGGGAACGAAUGCAAGAUUUGCUCAUCCGUCGCAUUAUUUGGUUUAAAAUGGUUUAAAACAAAAAAAGUAUAGUAUAAGAAGUGCUUGCGAUGUGCAUUACUUCUGUCUGGUCGGUUUUUUAGGAUAAACGUACCCCAAACGCAGAAUACAUCGUACAUAGAGGGAAGACUGUUUUUGUAACUACCACUAAAGGUGGCUUAAUUCGAAAGCAAUAUCAAACCAGCUUAUUUUAUUCAGCCAAUUGCAAUAUCAUUUUUAGUACAUCAGCACUAAGAGGUCUAGUAUAUGCAAGAGAAACCUUCCAGCGUGCUUUACAAUAUUUAUAAACUUUUGGCUUAGUGUUUAGCACUAAACAUAGGAGAAUAGCUUACACUAUUGGUUAAAACUUUCACACGAAAAUAAUUCAUUAUUACUUCUAUUGAUUCGCUUUCGUUUGCAUACAUCAAAAAGGCGACUUGUGUGACAAAAUUGUUUUAAAUUGUUUAGAAAAUAGUGAAUUAACAUUGUUUAGUACACACGCACAUCCAAACUGCACAUGUAACGAUUAUUCCGGCUAGCGGUUAGAUGCGUUACAAUGUUGUAACGCUUCGAGAGACUGAGCAAAAUGGGCAAACGUAAGCCAUCAUUCCGACCGGAGUGAAGAGGCAUGGUUUGAAGUUAACUAACAGACAUUUGACUUGAAUGAUGCUUCCGAUUGACCGAUCGCUUGACGAACAGAAAACUCCCCAUCGUGCAAGACUUGGUCUCAUCCAUAUUUAGACAUACAGCAGUAGUUCCUACCAUGCCAUACUCUCUUCAGCGAUCGAACAGAGUCCCCCUGAAGCGAAAAGAAGCCCCGUAAUUUUUAUUUAGAUUUGUAAUUUUACACUCCUCAUUAAUGGCAAACCUGUGUACGACGUAACGCUCACACACUCGGUACGGUAACUGUCCCUCCAUAGCCCUAACAUAAUAACUGUGCCAGGCUUGCCGGUUUUGUGUUCGCACCAACUCCCCCCGGGUUUUUUGUUUGAUUUGGUUUUGUUGUACACAAUAAAGUAAACUUCCCGAAUGAGCGUACAAUCGUUGAUCGCAAGUGAAUUACGAUUUACUUACAAAAAAAAACAUGAGUGUACCCAAUAGGAGAAUAAAUUAUCUGUGAUAUCAGCAUAUAUAUGAACUAUCUUAAGAAUAUGUUGUUGAUAUAAAACCGCAGACAUCACAGGCGUGAGGAAGGAAAGGGAAAGAAGGGAAGCGGGGGAAACGGGAAGAAAAGGAUUGAACGGGUUGAAGUGUGUGAAUGUGUCCAUGCCUGCAAUAUAAUAACAAACCUUUUCCCAUAAUGUCCACUGUUUAAAUUCUCACUCGAAGUUAAAGCCUUGAAGUAGCCUCCAUUGUCGUGACUUACAGACCGCGAGACAUGGUCUAAAAGGGUGAUGAAAUCUAUUUCCCCCCCAAAACUGGUACACACAUAGCUAUAGACGGUAGGAACACUUGUGAGCGAAAUAAAUAUUCUUGCUUUAAUAUUUCUA